AUAAUAACAUUCCAUCUAAUUUAACUUAAAACUUUAAUAUAAUUUAGUUAGAGAUACGAUGAGGUAUAACAUAUUUCGUACUAUAAAUAUUCAGUUUGUGCAAAAACGAUUCUUUAAAAAAGUGCAAGUAAGAGUUAGGUUUGCACCUAGUCCUACAGGUUUAUUACAUGUGGGAAGUUUAAGAACUGCGUUAUAUAAUUAUUUAUUUGCCCGUGCUAAUAAUGGUGCAUUUAUUUUACGAAUUGAAGAUACCGAUCAUACUAGAACUGAACCUGAAGCAGCAGAAAAAAUUCAAAGUGAUUUACUAUGGUCUGGAAUUAUACCUGAUGAAGAUCCAAUAAGAGGUGGACCUGUUGGGCCUUAUGUACAAUCCAAACGACUUGAAAUAUACAAGGAACAAGUGCUUAAACUUAUAGACAAUCAAUCUGCAUAUUACUGUUUUUGUACAGAAAAUAGGUUACAGUUAUUACGGAAAGAAGCAAUAAAAUGUGGACAAGUGCCUAAAUAUGAUAAUAGAUGUAGAAAUUUAAGCAAUAAUGAAGUAAAAACAAAACUUGAUAAAGGAGAUCCUUUUUGUAUUAGAUUUAAGUUAUCUAGUGAAAUAGAAUGUUUUGAUGAUUUAAUAUAUGGUGAAAUAGAGCACGAUGUUGCACAGAGAGAAGGAGAUCCAAUUAUUAUCAAAACAGAUGGUUAUCCAACUUACCAUUUUGCAAAUGUUGUUGAUGAUCAUCUUAUGGAAAUAUCUCAUGUAUUUCGAGGAAUUGAGUGGCAAGUAUCUACACCUAAGCACAUAAUGAUGUAUAAAGCAUUUAAUUGGACUCCACCUAUAUAUGGACAUUUACCUUUAAUAUUAAAUUCUAAUGGAACAAAAUUAUCAAAAAGGCAAAAAGAUAUAAACAUUGAGUCUUUUAGAAAAGAAGGAAUCUUUCCAUUGGCAGUCUUAAAUUAUGUUAUUCAUGCUGGUGGUGGUUUUGAUAACAAAGGAGGUGCUCUUUAUAUUGACAGUUAUGAAGAAUUGAUUAAACAAUUUAAUGUCUCUAAAAUAAAAGUAAGUUCUAAUAAACUUUUACCUUCAAGGUUAUUAGAAUUUAACAAGUUAGAAAUUGCAAAAUUAUUAACAAAUGAAAAAAACAACAAAUUUUUAGUUGAAAGAAUUAGAAAAAUAAUCAUGGAAGCAUUUUCAAAUAAGUAUUUUAAUGGAAACUUACAAUUAGAUGAAUAUCACAUUAUUUCUAUAUUAAAAUGGGCACAGAGUAGAAUAUCAAAAUUAAGUGAUUUAGUGUCUCCAGAUUUAACCUUCUUGUGGUUUAUUCCAAAUAUGCCAUUAGAUAAUACUUACUUAGAACAUUUAGAUGCACUGAAAAUAAUGAGUAUGAAAUUGGUUGAAACUGAUAUUCAGAAUUUUAAUAAAACAUGGAUUAAUAGUUACUUAAGAGAAUUUGCUAAGGAACAUGGAAUUUCAUUUCCAACAUUGAUGAAAAUAUUACGUUUUAUUCUUAGUGGUUUGAAAGAUGGUCCACCAGUAGCUGAAAUGGGAAAGAUACUACAAUGUUAA